AUGGCGGCGUGCGGAGGCUGUGCCAUCUGCCUCCAAGCCUCCGAACCCCUCCGGGGGGACGCCGAGGACGCCCCAAUGCCGUGGCCACCCCCGUCCACUCUGCCGGACGCCCCCUUCCCCAGCCGGACGCUGGCCGCGGUGGCCGCGGUGGCCGAAGCGCUGCUGACCCCCGCGUACUGGGCGCUGGACCGGCUGCUGGCGCUGCUGGUGCCCACCACGGCGCAGCGGGCGCGCUGGCGGCGGCGCCGGGCCGGGCAAUGCGUGGCCGUGGGCGCCCGGGCGCUGCUGGCACCGGCGCUGGCGCUGGCGCUGGCGCUGGCGCUGCCGCCGGCGCUGCUGGGGCUGCUGCUGUGGCUCCCGGCGCAGGCCAAGCGCCGGCCGUUCGUCCACCAGCACACGGCGGGCACGGCGGCGGCCGCGCCCUGGGACCCGCGGCGGGCGCGCGGCUUCACCUUCCUGACGGCCAACGUGUGCCUGCUGCCCAGCGGGCUGGCGCGCUUCAGCAACCUGGGCGAGACGCGGCGCCGGGCGGCGCUCAUCGGGCGGGCCCUGGCGGCCGGAGCGCCCGCGGAACCUGCCGGGCACCGGCGCGGGCUGCUGGGGCCGCGGAGGGGCCGCGGGUACGGGGGCACCGCGGCGCGGGGGCGCCCGGGUGGAGACGCCGGGGGGGACGCGGGGAGGGUGGCCGGGCCGGCGGAGACGGUGGGUGGCACGGUGGGACGGGCGGAGAUGGCGAUGGCCAACCCAACGCCGAUGACCAACCCAACUCCGAUGACCAACCCAACGCCGAUGACCAACCCAAGCCUGGGAGCCGCUCCGUGCCCAAUGUCCAGCCUGGGGCCGGAGCGGCCGAUCCCGCUGGCUGACCCCAUGCCGCCGGUGCUGAGCGCCCGCAUCCCGCCCGACGUGGACUUCGUGUGCCUGCAGGAGGUGUUUGACGGCGCCGCGGCCGCCGCGCUGCGCCGGCAGCUGGGGCGGCGCUUCCCGCACGUGCUGUGGGGCGUGGGCCCGGGCGGGCUGCGCGGCGGGCGGCUGCGGGCGCUGGGCAGCGGGCUCCUCCUGGGCAGCCGCUUCCCGCCGCUGGCCGCCCGCUUCCUGCCCUUCCCCAACGCCGCCCGCGAGGACGCGCUGGCCAACAAGGGGCUGCUGGUGGCGCAGGUGCUGUUGGGGAUGGGGAGAGGCCGGCGCGUCGUGGGGUACCUGGGCUGCACCCACCUGCAGGCGCCCGCGGCCGAUGCCGCCAUCCGUGACCAGCAGCUCUCCUGGGUGCUCCGGUGGCUCCGCGAGUUCCGCGAUGAGCAGCACCGCCCGGGGGACCUGGUGGCCUUCGAUGUCCUCUGCGGGGACCUCAACUUCGACAACUGCUCCCGAGGUGACAGCCAGAACCGGCGGCACGCCCUGUUCAAGGAGUUCUGGGACCCCGCGUGCCGCGACUCGGGCCAGGAGCAGCCCUGGGCCAUCGGGACGCUGCUCAACUACCUCAGGAUCUACGAGGAGCCCGUGUACCCUGAGGAGAUGAGGAGGACCCUGUCCGAGCCGUGGGGACGCGAGCGGUUCCUGGCCGGUCCCAUCCUGUCCUGCGGGAGCCUGGACCCGAUGGCCGCGCGGCCGUGGCAGGGCCGGAGAGUGGACAGAGCGCUGCUGAGGAGGGGGCCCACGCUGACCACUGAGGUCACGGGCUACUCGGUCAUCACCGAGCUGGCCACAAUGUCUGACCACCUGCCCGUGGCCCUGCGGCUGCGCCUGGGGCCCGCUGACCUCUGACCCCGGCACGGACACGGCGCUGGACACCAGGAGGGACACCGGGAUGGACA